AUGGCGGGCGCCGGAACUUCGGAGCAGCGGGAGGCGCUGCUGGGUGACGCGCGCCACUCUGAGCUGUGGGCGCACGUGGUGGCGAUGCCCGCCAAGGAGGGGCCCAGCGUGCAGGAGCUGAUCCGCUCCUCCCCCAACGCCGUCAUCGCCACGCUGCAGCAGUCAGGGGUGCAAAAGGUGGCCGAGUUUACGCUGCCGGACAAGCUGGUGCUGGGGCGGCUGGGCGAGGACAAGCUGGCCACGCUGGGCGCGCAGGAAGCGGAGCUGGCAGACUAUGAGGCCGCCUGGCGGCAGGAGCUGGGCCCUUGCUGCGCGGCGGGUCGCGGCCGCGGCGGCAAGGCGGCGGCGGCGGCGGCGGGGGCCGCUCCUGGGGAGGAGUGGUGCUCCGAGAUACCGGUCAGCACCUACGUCGUGAGCGUGCGGGAUGCGGCGGCCCCGGCGGGGCGCGGCCUGCUGCGCCCGCUCAUCCGCCGCUGGCAGGCGGGCGGCUGCGGCGCCGCCACCUUCCAGCUGCCGGCGGUGCAGGCGGUGAUCGACUGGAAGUGGCGGUUCUGCCGCAAGAUGCUGGUGGGGGAGCUGGCGCUGUUUGUGGUGUGGCUGGUGGCGGUGUACACAUGGGCGAUGGCGCAGCGGGUGCAAGACGCGCAGCUGUCGCUGCCUGCGCUGCUGGCCACCUGGCACGGCAGGGUGGCUGUGGCGGCGGAGCUGGCCGCCAUCGUGGUACUGCACCUGGGCCGCAUGCCCUUUGGGCCCCGCAUCCUGCCGGUGGUGGGGGCCGUGCAGUGCGUGCUGCUGCUGUUCAGGCUGCAGUUCUACAGCCGCGUCUUCCCCGCCACCCGCUUUGCCUUCGUUGAUGACCUGAAGGAAGUGCUGCGCGAUCUGCGCUCCUACAUCUGCUUUAUGGUCCUGGUGAUGGCAGGAUUCGGCAGCGCCUUCUACGUGCUGUUUGGGGAAGACAGGGCGCGGGGCGACGGCCAAAGGGAGUUUGCUGGCCUGGGCCGGUCCUUCAUCACGAUGGUGUCCUGGGUGGCUGGGGACCCGAAUCUGACGCUGCUGUACGGACCGCACGUGGCACACCCGCUGGCCGCCUGCCUGCUGGGCGUCUCCUUCAUAUUCUGCUUCACAAUGGUGUUCAUGACGCUGCUGGUGUCGUUGAUGACCACCACCCUGCAAAAGGUCACUCAAGAUGUGGAGGCCCGCCAGCUGCUGAGCAAGGCCAUGGUGAUCGAUGAGCUGGAGAAUGCCGCGCCCAGCCUGCUGCGCCGCCUGUGGCCCCAGAUGCACCCUCGCUACCUGCAUGCGUUGCGCAUUGACCCAGACAAGCUGGAUGCGAUCAAGCUGGACAGGCUGUGGAAGUCGCUGGGAGAUGAGGAGGCAGAGGGCCUGCAGGGCCGCUCCUCUGCAGCCGCCGCCUCAGCCGGGGCCCCGCCGCUCGCUGCCACGCCUCCCAAGCCUACCCCGCAGCCCCCGCGGCCGCCACAUCAGCUUCACCGCCUCCCACCUGCGCCCGACCCUGCGCUGCCAUCGAUCCGCUGGCGCGGCGGGUCCCUGCUGGAUGCGUACCUGGGGCAGGGCGGCGGCUCGCCCGACACAUACCAGCGCAUGCUGCUGGAAGGGGAGGGCACCGAUGCGGCCAGCGAGGGGCCUGGCGGGUCUGGCGGCGACGUCGCCAGCGAGCUGGCCGGGCUGCGUGAGGAGGUCAAGGAGCUCAGGCAGCUGCUGGUAGCGGCUGUGGGCAUUGUGGCAGGUGGCGCUGGUGGGAGCGGCGGGAGCGCGGGGCCGGCUGCUCCUGCAGGACCUGAGGCUGGCGCCAGGGACACGUAG